AUGACCAAUGGCCAAGUGUGGCCGAAACCUUUGUUUCAACACAACUUUGACGAAUAUUUAACACUUAAACCAGAAAAUUUUCAUUUUAACAUAACAGGUCAUAGUUGUGAUGACCUUCAAGAUGCAUUUAAAAGCGAAAGAGGAGCUUUUGGACAUUCAGCUAUUUAUUCGAAAAAUGACGUCAAAUAUGUAAUAGAACACGCAAAACGUAGAGGCAUUCGUGUUAUACCAGAAAUCGACACCCCAGGACAUACAUUGUCUUGGGGACUCGGUGGUAUUCCAGGACUAUUAACCCCAUGUUCGGAUUCUCAUUCAAAUCGUUUUGGGCCUAUUGACCCGACGGUCGAGGAAAACUACAAUUUUAUCAGGAUGCUAUUGUCUGAAGUCAAUGGAUUAUUCCAAGACAAGUAUUUUCACCUAGGUGGUGAUGAAGUAAAUACAUCAUGUUGGUCCACGAACAAAAAGAUACAAAUGUUCAUGCUUCGCAAUAAUAUGAGCGAUGUUAUCGAAUUAGAAAAAUACUACUUUGCAAACAUAUUCAACAUAACGCAAAAUUUAAGAACUAUACCCAUCGUGUGGGAAGAAUUAUUUGACGAGAAUAUCCACCUAGAUCCCAAUGUCGUGGUGCAAGUGUGGAAGGGCGAUUUAAAUUCGUCCGUGUCGAAGGUGAUGAAAUGUGGACAUCCAGUGGUAUUUUCCAGUUGUUGGUACCUGAAUUAUAUUAACUAUGGAACGGACUGGCUGAAUUUCUACAGGUGCGACCCGACCGACAUUGUCGGCGAAAACCGUUUGUUUUUGGGUGGUGAGGCUUGUAUGUGGGGCGAAUUUGUUGACGAAACAAAUUUAUUGCCAGUGUCGUGGCCUAGAGCUAGCGCUGUAGCCGAAGUGCUCUGGUCACACGUGCUUAACGAGACCGAAGCCAAGCACAGGCUUGAGGAACACGUUUGCAGGAUGAGGCGGAGAGGAAUACCUGCUCAGCCAGCCAGUGGACCCAACUAUUGCCAUUAUUAG